AAGUGCGCGCAGUCAGGCUGGUACCGGUACACCGGGAUGUCAGUGAGAGCAGCCAGCCGGCUCUGCUGGGGGAUCUGGAACCGAGCACGGACCCCCGCCUGGCCCCCGAGAGCCCCCAGCACACCCUCUGAUAGAACCAUGAAUCACAGCAACUGCACGGGUAUACCGGGCACAGGGAGAAUAAUACCUGUAUAUAGACCAUGUCAGCCAUGGGGAGGGAGAAUAAUAUCUAUAUAGACCAUGUCAGCCAUGGGGAGGGAGAAUAAUAUCUAUAUAGACCAUCACAGCCAUGGGGAGGGAGAAUAAUAUCUAUAUAGACCAUCACAGCCAUGGGGAGGGAGAAUAAUAUCUAUAUAGACCAUCACAGCCAUGGGGAGGGAGAAUAAUAUCUAUAUAGACCAUGUCAGCCAUGGGGAGGGAGAAUAAUAUCUAUAUAGACCAUGUCAGCCAUGGGGAGGGAGAAUAAUAUCUAUAUAGACCAUGUCAGCCAUGGAGAGGGAGAAUAAUAUCUAUAUAGACCAUGUCAGCCAUGGGGAGGGAGAAUAAUAUCUAUAUAGACCAUGUCAGCCAUGGGGAGGGAGAAUAAUAUCUAUAUAGACCAUCACAGCCAUGGGGAGGGAGAAUAAUAUCUAUAUAGACCAUGUCAGCCAUGGAGAGGGAGAAUAAUAUCUAUAUAGACCAUGUCAGCCAUGGGGAGGGAGAAUAAUAUCUAUAUAGACCAUGUCAGCCAUGGGGAGGGAGAAUAAUAUCUAUAUAGACCAUGUCAGCCACGGGGAGGGAGAAUACUAUCUAUAUAGACCAUGUCAGCCAUGGGGAGGGAGAAUAAUAUCUAUAUAGACCAUCACAGCCAUGGGGAGGGAGAAUAAUAUCUAUAUAGACCAUGUCAGCCAUGGGGAGGGAGAAUUAUAUCUAUAUAGACCAUGUCAGCCAUGGGGAGGGAGAAUAAUAUCUAUAUAGACCAUGUCAGCCAUGGGGAGGGAGAAUAAUAUCUAUAUAGACCAUGUCAGCCAUGGGGAGGGAGAAUAAUAUCUAUAUAGACCAUGUCAGCCAUGGGGAGGGAGAAUAAUAUCUAUAUAGACCAUCACAGCCAUGGGGAGGGAGAAUAAUAUCUAUAUAGACCAUCACAGCCAUGGGGAGGGAGAAUAAUAUCUAUAUAGACCAUGUCAGCCAUGGGGAGGGAGAAUAAUAUUUAUAUAGACCAUGUCAGCCAUGGGGAGGGAGAAUAAUAUCUAUAUAGACCAUCACAGCCAUGGGGAGGGAGAAUAAUAUCUAUAUAGACCAUCACAGCCAUGAAGAGGGAGAAUAAUAUCUAUAUAGACCAUGUCAGCCAUGGGGAGGGAGAAUAAUAUCUAUAUAGACCAUCACAGCCAUGGGGAGGGAGAAUAAUAUCUAUAUAGACCAUCACAGCCAUGGAGAGGGAGAAUAAUAUCUAUAUAGACCAUCACAGCCAUGGGGAGGGAGAAUAAUAUCUAUAUAUACCAUCACAGCCACGGGGAGGGAGAAUAAUAUCUAUAUAGACCAUGUCAGCCAUGGGGAGGGAGAAUAAUACCUGUAUAUAGACCAUGUCAGCCAUGGGGAGGGAGAAUAAUAUCUAUAUAGACCAUCACAGCCAUGGGGAGGGAGAAUAAUAUCUAUAUAGACCAUGUCAGCCAUGGGGAGGGAGAAUAAUAUUUAUAUAGACCAUGUCAGCCAUGGGGAGGGAGAAUAAUAUCUAUAUAGACCAUCACAGCCAUGGGGAGGGAGAAUAAUAUCUAUAUAGACCAUCACAGCCAUGAAGAGGGAGAAUAAUAUCUAUAUAGACCAUGUCAGCCAUGGGGAGGGAGAAUAAUAUCUAUAUAGACCAUCACAGCCAUGGGGAGGGAGAAUAAUAUCUAUAUAGACCAUCACAGCCAUGGAGAGGGAGAAUAAUAUCUAUAUAGACCAUCACAGCCACGGAGAGGGAGAAUAAUAUCUAUAUAGACCAUGUCAGCCACGGGGAGGGAGAAUAAUAUCUAUAUAGACCAUGUCAGCCACGGGGAGGGAGAAUAAUAUCUAUAUAGACCAUGUCAGCCACGGGGAGGGAGAAUAAUAUCUAUAUAGACCAUCACAGCCAUGGAGAAGGAGAAUAAUAUCUAUAUAGACCAUCACAGCCACGGGGAGGGAGAAUAAUAUCUAUAUAGACCACUCAGCCAUGUGGAGAGGGAGAAUAAUAUCUAUAUAACCAUCAGCUGUUUCAUGGGGAGGGAGAAUAAGACUAUAUAUAGACCAUCACAGCCAUGGGGAGGGAGAAUAAUAUCUAUAUAGACCAUGCCUAGCCAUGGGAGGAGAAUACACUAUAUAGACCAUGUCAGCCAUGUAGAGGAGGAAUAAUAUCUGUAUGAAUCCAUCACAGCCAUGGGGAGGGAGAAUAAUAUCUAUAUAGACCAUCACAGCCAUGGGGAGAGAGAAUAAUAUCUAUAUAGACCAUCACAGCCAUGGGGAGAGAGAAUAAUAUCUAUAUAGACCAUCACAGCCAUGGGGAGGGAGAAUAAUAUCUAUAUAUACCAUCACAGCCAUGGAGAGGGAGAAUAAUAUCUAUAUAGACCAUGUCAGCCAUGGAGAGGGAGAAUAAUAUCUAUAUAGACCAUCACAGCCAUGGAGAGGGAGAAUAAUAUCUAUAUAGACCAUGUCAGCCAUGGAGAGGAAGAAUAAUAUCUAUAUAGACCAUGUCAGCCACGGGGAGGGAGAAUAAUAUCUAUAUAGACCAUCACAGCCAUGGAGAGGGAGAAUAAUAUCUAUAUAGACCAUGUCAGCCACGGGGAGGGAGAAUAAUAUCUAUAUAGACCAUCACAGCCAUGGGGAGGGAGAAUAAUAUCUAUAUAGACCAUGACAGCCAUGGAGAGGGAGAAUAAUAUCUAUAUAGACCAUCACAGCCAUGGAGAGGGAGAAUAAUAUCUAUAUAGACCAUCACAGCCAUGGGGAGGGAGAAUAAUAUCUAUAUAGACCAUCACAGCCAUGGGGAGGGAGAAUAAUAUCUAUAUAGACCAUCACAGCCAUGGGGAGGGAGAAUAAUAUCUAUAUAGACCAUGUCAGCCAUGGGGAGGGAGAAUAAUAUCUAUAUAGACCAUGUCAGCCAUGGGGAGGGAGAAUAAUAUCUAUAUAGACCAUCACAGCCAUGGGGAGGGAGAAUAAUAUCUAUAUAGACCAUCACAGCCAUGGGGAGGGAGAAUAAUAUCUAUAUAGACCAUCACAGCCAUGGGGAGGGAGAAUAAUAUCUAUAUAGACCAUGUCAGCCAUGGGGAGGGAGAAUAAUAUCUAUAUAGACCAUGUCAGCCAUGGGGAGGGAGAAUAAUAUCUAUAUAGACCAUCACAGCCAUGGGGAGGGAGAAUAAUAUCUAUAUAGACCAUCACAGCCAUGGGGAGGGAGAAUAAUAUCUAUAUAGACCAUGUCAGCCAUGGGGAGGGAGAAUAAUAUCUAUAUAGACCAUGUCAGCCAUGGGGAGGGAGAAUAAUAUCUAUAUAGACCAUGUCAGCCAUGGGGAGGGAGAAUAAUAUCUAUAUAGACCAUCACAGCCAUGGGGAGGGAGAAUAAUAUCUAUAUAGACCAUGUCAGCCAUGGGGAGGGAGAAUAAUAUCUAUAUAGACCAUGUCAGCCAUGGGGAGGGAGAAUAAUAUCUAUAUAGACCAUCACAGCCAUGGGGAGGGAGAAUAAUAUCUAUAUAGACCAUCACAGCCAUGGGGAGGGAGAAUAAUAUCUAUAUAGACCAUGUCAGCCAUGGGGAGGGAGAAUAAUAUCUAUAUAGACCAUCACAGCCAUGGGGAGGGAGAAUAAUAUCUAUAUAGACCAUCACAGCCAUGGGGAGGGAGAAUAAUAUCUAUAUAGACCAUGUCAGCCAUGGGGAGGGAGAAUAAUAUCUAUAUAGACCAUGUCAGCCAUGGGGAGGGAGAAUAAUAUCUAUAUAGACCAUCACAGCCAUGGGGAGGGAGAAUAAUAUCUAUAUAGACCAUCACAGCCAUGGGGAGGGAGAAUAAUAUCUAUAUAGACCAUGUCAGCCAUGGGGAGGGAGAAUAAUAUCUAUAUAGACCAUGACAGCCAUGGGGAGGGAGAAUAAUAUCUAUAUAGACCAUGUCAGCCAUGGGAGGGAGAAUAAUAUCUAUAUAGACCAUCACAGCCAUGGGGAGGGAGAAUAAUAUCUAUAUAGACCAUCACAGCCAUGGGGAGGGAGAAUAAUAUCUAUAUAGACCAUCACAGCCAUGGGGAGGGAGAAUAAUAUCUAUAUAGACCAUGUCAGCCAUGGGGAGGGAGAAUAAUAUCUAUAUAGACCAUGUCAGCCAUGGGGAGGGAGAAUAAUAUCUAUAUAGACCAUCACAGCCAUGGGGAGGGAGAAUAAUAUCUAUAUAGACCAUCACAGCCAUGGGGAGGGAGAAUAAUAUCUAUAUAGACCAUCACAGCCAUGGGGAGGGAGAAUAAUAUCUAUAUAGACCAUGUCAGCCAUGGGGAGGGAGAAUAAUAUCUAUAUAGACCAUGUCAGCCAUGGGGAGGGAGAAUAAUAUCUAUAUAGACCAUCACAGCCAUGGGGAGGGAGAAUAAUAUCUAUAUAGACCAUGUCAGCCAUGGAGGAGGGAGAAUAAUAUCUAUAUAGACCAUGUCAGCCAUGGGGAGGGAGAAUAAUAUCUAUAUAGACCAUCACAGCCAUGGGGAGGGAGAAUAAUAUCUAUAUAGACCAUGUCAGCCAUGGGGAGGGAGAAUAAUAUCUAUAUAGACCAUCACAGCCAUGGGGAGGGAGAAUAAUAUCUAUAUAGACCAUCACAGCCAUGGGGAGGGAGAAUAAUAUCUAUAUAGACCAUCACAGCCAUGGGGAGGGAGAAUAAUAUCUAUAUAGACCAUCACAGCCAUGGGGAGGGAGAAUAAUAUCUAUAUAGACCAUCACAGCCAUGGGGAGGGAGAAUAAUAUCUAUAUAGACCAUGUCAGCCAUGGAGAGGGAGAAUAAUAUCUAUAUAGACCAUCACAGCCAUGGAGAGGGAGAAUAAUAUCUAUAUAGACCAUCACAGCCAUGGGGAGGGAGAAUAAUAUCUAUAUAGACCAUGUCAGCCACGGGGAGGGAGAAUAAUAUCUAUAUAGACCAUGUCAGCCAUGGGAGGGAGAAUAAUAUCUAUAUAGACCAUGUCAGCCACGGGGAGGGAGAAUAAUAUCUAUAUAGACCAUCACAGCCAUGGGGAGGGAGAAUAAUAUCUAUAUAGACCAUCACAGCCAUGGGGAGGGAGAAUAAUAUCUAUAUAGACCAUCACAGCCAUGGGGAGGGAGAAUAAUAUCUAUAUAGACCAUGUCAGCCAUGGGGAGGGAGAAUAAUAUCUAUAUAGACCAUGUCAGCCAUGGGGAGGGAGAAUAAUAUCUAUAUAGACCAUCACAGCCAUGGGGAGGGAGAAUAAUAUCUAUAUAGACCAUCACAGCCAUGGGGAGGGAGAAUUAUACCUGUAUAUAGACUGUCAGCCAAGGGGCUUUACUGUUAGCCUAUAUUAUGGUAGCCCCUUUAAUGCAUAAAAAAAUCCAAAUAAUUGUUAAAUCUUAUAAUCAUGAUGGAAGUCAUUAUACGCAAUAACAUGCAUAUUCUGAACUGGGACAAUGCUGUCCAGUUGCUUAGCAAAGGAAAACACUGUGAUAGACGUUAAACUAGGGACUAUGUCUGGAAAUCGGUGCAGUUAGGAUGUAUAGGGAACAGUAUGAUCUGGUAAUGACUGAGUUUUAUUUAGUAAUCAUCAAAUUGUAGGGAAUUGGAUACUGAUUGGCAAAAUUUAGGCCAAAAAAAUUAGAAAAAUCCGAACCGAAUUUUUUUGUUGUUGCAAUUUUCAGUCUCCGCUAUUUGGUCUUAAUUUUUUUAAUAAUCUAGUGUCUUUACAAUUUCCAGUUUAGUUUACGAACCUCAAGGAAUUAAACAACCUGUUGCAGUUGGCUAGUAAUUUAAUAGAUUUUUUUUCUCUCUGAUAGGUAAUUUUCUAACCAAUAGAAAUAAAAGCACAACUGUAAGUAAACAGGAUUCCUGACAUGUGAUGUUAAUUAUCGUUAUAAUAAUUGCAGAGAAAUCUGUCUAUACCAAAGGUUCUUAAUUGUUAAAUUUGGAAACAGUGUAGAUAUUGACAUAAAAUAAUGAAUCCGGCUGACAUUUUGGCAAAAUCCAAAGUUUUGCCCAACGGAGCAGUGGGUCCAUAUUUGAGUUUUUUUUACUCCCUGUCCCCAAAUUAUUUGCAACCUUUAUAACCCAGACAUACUCAAAAGCUCACUGUUGUGGUUGCAGCUCCCAGGAUGCUUUGCUGUUUGGGCUAUACUAUGGCUAUACCUAUGGCUUGCAGUUUUGCUACAGUUCAGAAGCACACAUGUAGUUUAGUAUUUUAACCAUAUGUUUCACUGCCUUUAAUAUUUUCUUACAUUGACUAAUUCUACUUUCCGAUUUUACGCGGACUAUUUUUUCAUCUUUGCUUCUUUUACCUAAAAUGUGCCAUUCCGUUUAAAGUUCACUGUUUAGUGGACAAACCUCUCAGUGUAGUGGAUAUUUUUGUUUAAUUUUUUUCCCCCAACAAAAAUUGUAUGACAUUUUAUAAGUAGUUGUUUGUAAACGUACCGCAUUUCUCUGUUUAGUCAAGACACCUGAAUAUCUACAUGGCAGCAUGAUAAUAUAUUUACUCUAUACAAAAAACAAUUAUAUUGUAUUUGUUCUUUGUCAGAUCUGCGUGGAAGGGAACAUUGCCAGUGGGAAGACCAGCUGUUUGGAGUAUUUCUCAACUACAGAAAACCUUGCGGUAUUCUUUCAUACUGUCUGCAACAUUUCCGUGCUAAUUUACAUUUGUUCGAAAAUAAUAAUUUAAUUGGUUAUGGUUGAACAAAUGUUAAAUUCUUUCCUUGAAAUGGCACUGUUACUUUUUUUUAAAAAAACAAUCUUUAUUUAAAAUAGUUUUCUGGAGACAUACAAAUAACCUAACAUAUCAGUGACUAUAAACAAAUGCACGUCUGCAUAAGCAAUUGUUACAAAUAAAACUUCAGUAUAAAGCUUGAGGAGUUAGUAGUAUAGGCCAAAAUUAACGGGAGGUUCUGAAGAAAUUCAAACAAAUAAAUGUCUCAAUUUAGGGUAAAGGGAAGAGUAAAACUUUGAUGACUGGGUAAAGGAACCCAUAAGGGAAAACGUUCUAAAACAAGCAUUGAAAGAAUAAAAAGCAAGGUACAAUGAAAAUGGAAAGAGAGGUUGGCGAAGAAAGGGAGAGAAUACUGAUAGAGAGCAGGAAGGGAGGUGGACGAAGCUGGGAGACUGCCAAAGGGAAGGGGGAUCACCUCCAGUAUGAGCCAGCCAUGUAGCAUAUCAGGGAACAGGCUCAAGAUUGUAAUUCAGUAUAAUCAAACGAGGGGAACCAGAUAGCAAAAUCCUUAUUGUACGUCUUAUAGGGAGGCAGUAAGUUCCUCCUUAAAUCUGAUCUGUUCAAAUCCAUUGUUACUUUUGGGUUUUUCUAUAAAGAUUAAAUCUUUAUAAAACCCUGUGACUGUUGCAUACCCUUUACUGCACACCUUACCCUAGUAAACACUUUGAAUAGAGUUCAAUGAGGUAAGUGAAUGAAGACUUAUCAUUGAAAUGACUCCUAAAAAUGUCAAUGGUGAACCCAAAUCUUCCCUCCCAGGUGCUGUGGCAAAUAAGUGUAAACCUUUCACACUGCAAUCUGACAAGGAGAAGAUUUGUUUUAAUGCAUUUACAGUUAAGGGGACACUAUAGCUUAAUGAAGUAUUUUUGGUGUAUAAUUCAUGCCCCUGCAGUCUCAGUGCUCAAUUCUCGUCAGUUUAGCAGUUAAAAGGACACUAUAGUCACCAGAACAACUACAGCUUAAUGCUCUUCAGGUAGUAAACACUGUCUUUUUAGAGAAAAUGCAGUGUUUACAUUACAGUCUAGUCCACUGGCAACUCCACAGAUGGCUACUAGAGGGGCUUCCUGGGUCUGUGCUGCAGUUUGCAGCACUGCUAUUCAAUGUCUCUCCCCUCUGCAUGAAGACACUGAACUUUCCUUAUAGAGAUGCAUUGAUUCAAUGCAGCUCUAUGAGGAGAUACUUAUUGACCAGGGCUGUGUUUGGCUUGUGCUGGCUUUGCCCCUGAUCUGCCUCCUUGACAGAUGUGAUUUGCUUUUGAUCAACACUUCUGAUGAUGUCGGCCAAGCAAGCAGAUCAGGGUCAGAGCAGCAGACUGGAAUAAAAGUAAGAUUUUACUAUAUUUAAAGGGGUAAGAAGGAUCACAUGGGCUAGAUGAUGUUUUUAACACUAUUAGGUAGGUACAUGUUUGUGUUCUUGACCCUAUAGUGUUCCUUAAAAUCACUUUGUUUAUGCAGCCCUAGGAACACCUCUGCGCAUGUGACUUACGCAGCCUUCCUAAACACUUCCUGUAAAGAGAAAUCUAAAAGUGUGCCUUUAAUUAAAAAACUAUUACUAAUAAGUAUGUUUCUUUUUAAGGUUUUGAAGGAGCCUGUAGAUAAAUGGAGGAAUGUUCAGGGUCACAACCCACUGGUAAGUGAUUCAGAUAAACAAGAAAUGUGCCGGCUUUGUAUUCAUAGGGGUUUUAAUCUGCGUUCUCACCAUUUUCAAAAGAGAGUGAUUUUGACGGAGCUCCCUGUACCCCGGCAGGGUACCGCCGCCAAGCAUGCUUCAUAGCUAUCACUGGGACACUAGUAGAGCUUCAGCCCAUAGCCGCCUCAGCUUGGCUGGGAUCUCUUUGUAACUUCCUGCCCUUGAACAGGGUCCUGGGUGCAGCUCCAAGUGAUUAUUCUCUCCUACAGAGAGUAUAGCUGGUCCCCCAAAUACUAGUCGAGACUGAGUGAAGGCUGAAAAUGAACUGCUUUAUGCAGGCAAGGCACACAGAAUUUUGCAUGAUAAUACUAUUUAGAGAGGAACCGUAAUUUCUCUAAAAAUUACACCAUUAAAUAACACUUUAAAAAUCACUUUUAAUUUGUGUAAAACAUUUUAUUUUAUCAGGUGAUACUCUGUUUUCUAUUAAAUAUAUAAAACAUUUAGCAUUUGACAUUACAAUCCAGUGAUGUGAUAGCUACAGAUACAUUAGACAAUAAAAAUAAACCUAAGGAGACAUCAUUUUCAAUAAUUAAAGAAAUGGUAGAUAAGAGGGCAUGAUGUAAAAUCAGGAGGUUGAAGAUUCUUGGGUUAUGGUUGAAGCUCUCCACUUUUCUUAGCGCAGAGAUUUGGUGUCUUUGAUGCAGUUUUGAAAAGGAUGUACAUUUUAAACGUUCUUAUCUGUGUUCUUUAUCCAUUCUUUAGGCUUUAAUGUAUCAGGAUCCCUGCAGGUGGGGAUUAACGUUACAAACCUACGUACAAUUAACAAUGCUGGAUAAUCACACCAGGUCAUCGGUAAGUUUUAACAUGAUAAAUUGUAUAAAUUGUACUCUCAUAGGAAAUACCGAGGGGGAUCAACAGGGUAGCCUGCGGUAUUCUAGUAGAGAAGAUCUGUGGAACACAAUAGAAAAAAAAAUCAGAAAAGUAAGAAAAUCUUAAUUACAGAAAAGAACUUGCAAUAAAGAAAGCCUAAAUAGGGCUCUCUUUACAGGAAGUGUUUAUGGAAGGCUGUGCAAGUCACAUGCAGGGAGGUGUGACUAGGGUUCAUAAACAAAGGGAUUUAACUCAUAAAUGGCAGAGGAUUGAGCAGUGAGCCUGCAGGGGCAAGUUCUAUACACCAAAACUGCUUCAUUAAGCUAAAGUUGUUCAGGUGACUAUAGUGUCCCUUUAAGCCAGAUGUAACUGUCACACUAGUGUGAUAACAAUUUUCCCAAGGGGGUGAAGGGAGUCUGAUUACAGGAGGCAAGGUGUUUUGUAUUUAUUUAUGGAUGGGAUUCAAUUGAGGCAUAAAUUAUUCCUUUUAAAUAAGAAACUAUCACAAUAUAGGUCAAAUUACUACAAUAAUAUUGAAUUAUGUAAACUUUAUCUUGCCUCUGUACUAAGGAUUAUUAAGGGAACAGUUUAUAUACAAUUGAAUUUAUUAAAUAGAGAACACUAAUUGUAUUCUGUGAAACUAGGGGAAAACAUUUUUGACAGCAAAAAAAAAAUGUGACCCAAUGGCCGCUCUACCAAGAAAAUGGUUGCAUUGUCACAUGACAGUUACAGUUCACUGCAGACUGAUUAUAUCAAAUUAGUAUUAAUGAUUCAUGUAAGAAAGUCAAAGAGACAUAGAAUGCUUAAAUAAUUUACUUUUAUGCUUAUUGAAUAGGUUAUGGAGCAAGGAGGGCCCCUGCCACUGUGACUGUGCUCACAACCGCUUAUAACCACAGCCAGUUAAAAAAAAAAAAAAAAAAAUAAGACUCUGCCUAGGAUUCAGUAGCUUCAUACUAAAACAUUAUAAAAAUUCACAUUUUCAUAAAUAAUUGAAAUACUUUUGCUCUAGCAUUCACUGGCAGAAGAUUUUAGUGCAUUCAAUUAAACUAUAGGUAACAAGUAAACUUUUGACACUGGCAGCCAUUUCGAAUGCCUGAUACUAUAGCAAUGUAUUUUGAAAGUGAUCGGCCCCAGGCAUAAAUUAAUUUAUACACCUGCAUUUUUUUUUCAGACCUGCCCUGUUAAAAUGAUGGAACGAUCCAUUUACAGUGCCAAAUAUAUAUUUGUGGAAAAUCUGUAUCGUAGGUACAGUAUUACUUUUCUAUAUAUAUUUCUAUAUGUUGUGGGACCUUUUAAAGCAAAACUGUCAAUGUGCAAGGUUUUUGGGGUUUUUUCCCUGGUUUUUAUAUUUUGAAAUUCACUUUAUAUAUAUUUUUUUAUUAUACAUAAGAUAAUGCAGAGACUAUUUUUAUUUAUUUUUUUUUUCUUAUGGGGAGCGUCAAUUCUGUCAAUCUUUGGCAAUGGGCGGAGCUUAAAGUUCUGUUUCAGCUGCUACGCUGAUUUACCCACAAUCCUUCAGUGAACAGAAUCCCACAGAAGGCAAACGGCAGACCUCAAAUAAACAAAAUUGCGGCGCCCCGAUAUUGAGGCGCAAGGAAGAAAAAAAUCAUGAAUAUAAAUAAAGGAUAAAAGUAGUAAUGAGUGAGGGUAUAAUCAUUAAGAUACAAAGGGUUUAACAUUUAAAAAUUACAGAUCUAGAAAUUGGUAUCAUAUAUUUUAUAUAUAGAUGGAUAAAUCUCCCAGUGGUCACAAUUUCAAGUUGUACACUACUAGCCAGGCAUAAAAUGUGCUUGCCACCUCGUAUCCCACAUAGAGCUGUGUUCUAAGCACAGUUAUCUCCUAUAUUAUUACUCUGCGGGCUGCUGGGAGCUGUGUUUAGAACUUGCUGUGGUCUAUUGAAUGGUCCCUGAGUUAGCAGAACCCCUGCCAGCCUUUAAUGUGAAGAUUUGUUUUGAGUAAAGGGAGACUGGCAGGGUUCAUGACUUGGAGAGAGGAGCCUGGCAUGAUAGGAAGUGGCUUACUGGCAGGGGUCGUGGCAUGGCGUCUGUUACUGGCAAGGAUGGUAGGACGCAGUGGAAUAAUGGCAGGGAUUGUGGUACGGGGUGGGUUACUGGCAGGGUUCAAGGAAUGGGGUGGGUUACUGCCAGGGUUCAAGGUAUAGGGUGGGUUACUGUCAAGGAUGGUAGGACGCAGUGGAUUAAUGGCAGGAUUGAGGUAUGGGGUGGGUUACUGGCAGGGUUCAAGGUAUAGGGUGGGUUACUGGCAGGGUUCAAGGUAUAGGGUGGGUUACUGGCAAGGAUGGUAGGACGCAGUGGAUUAAUGGCAGGAUUGAGGUAUGGGGUGGGUUACUGGCAGGGUUCAAGGUAUAGGGUGGGUUACUGGCAAGGAUGGUAGGACACAGUGGAUUAAUGGCAGGGAUUGUGGUAUGGGGUUGGUUACUGGCAGGGUUCAAGGUAUAGGGUGGGUUACUGUCAAGGAUGGUAGGACGCAGUGGAUUAAUGGCAGGAUUGAGGUAUGGGGUGGGUUACUGGCAGGGUUUAUGGUAUAGGGUGGGUUACUGGCAAGGAUGGUAGGACGCAGUGGAUUAAUGGCAGGAUUGAGGUAUGGGGUGGGUUACUGGCAGGGUUCAAGGUAUGGGGUGGGUUACUGUCAAGGAUGGUAGGACGCAGUGGAUUAAUGGCAGGAUUGAGGUAUGGGGUGGCAGGGUUUAUGGUAUAGGGUGGGUUACUGGCAAGGAUGGUAGGACGCAGUGGAUUAAUGGCAGGAUUGAGGUAUGGGGUGGGUUACUGGCAGGGUUCAAGGUAUGGGGUGGGUUACUGUCAAGGAUGGUAGGACGCAGUGGAUUAAUGGCAGGAUUGAGGUAUGGGGUGGGUUACUGGCAGGGUUCAAGGUAUAGGGUGGGUUACUGUCAAGGAUGGUAGGACGCAGUGGAUUAAUGGCAGGAUUGAGGUAUGGGGUGGGUUACUGGCAGGGUUCAAGGUAUAGGGUGGGUUACUGGCAAGGAUGGUAGGAUGCAGUGGAUUAAUGGCAGGAUUGUGGUAUGGGGUGGGUUACUGGCAGGAUUCAAGGUAUAGGGUGGGUUACUGUCAAGCAUGGUAGGACACAGUGGAUUAAUAGCAGGAUUGAGGUAUGGGGUGGGUUACUGCCAGGGUUUAUGGUAUAGGGUGGGUUACUGGCAGGGUUCAAGGUAUAGGGUGGGUUACUGGCAAGCAUGGUAGGACACAGUGGAUUAAUGGCAGGAUUGAGGUAUGGGGUGGGUUACUGGCAGGGUUUAUGGUAUAGGGUGGGUUACUGGCAAGGAUGGUAGGACGCAGUGGAUUAAUGGCAGGAUUGUGGUAUGGGGUGGGUUACUGGCAGGGUUUAUGGUAUAGGGUGGGUUACUGGCAAGGAUGGUAGGACGCAGUGGAUUAAUGGCAGGGAUUGUGGUAUGGGGUGGGUUACUGGCAGGGUUCAAGGUAUAGGGUGGGUUACUGUCAAGCAUGGUAGGACACAGUGGAUUAAUGGCAGGAUUGAGGUAUGGGGUGGGUUACUGGCAGGGUUCAAGGUAUGGGGUGGGUUACUGUCAAGGAUGGUAGGACGCAGUGGAUUAAUGGCAGGAUUGAGGUAUGGGGUGGGUUACUGGCAGGGUUCAAGGUAUAGGGUGGGUUACUGGCAAGGAUGGUAGGACACAGUGGAUUAAUGGCAGGGAUUGUGGUAUGGGGUUGGUUACUGGCAGGGUUCAAGGUAUAGGGUGGGUUACUGGCAGGGUUCAAGGUAUAGGGUGGAGUUACUGUCAAGGAUGGUAGACUUAUGGGAUUAAAUGCGCAGGAUUGUGGUAUGGGUUGGUUACUGGCAGGGUUCGUAUGUGGGUGGGUUACUGUCAAGGAUGGUAGGGACGAAAGUGGAUUAAUGGCAGGAUUGAGGUAUGGGGUGGGUUACUGGCAGGUUCAAGGUAUGGGUGGGUACUGUCAAGGAUGGUAGGGCGCAGUGGAUUAAUGGCAGGGAUUGAGGUAUGGGGUGGGGUUACUGGCAGGGUUCAAGGUAUGGGGUGGAGUUACUGGCAGGGUUCAAGGUAUAGGGUGGGUUACUGGCAAGGAUGGUAGGACACAGUGGAUUAAUGGCAGGAUUGAGGUAUGGGGUGGGUUACUGGCAGGGUUCAAGGUAUGGGGUGGGUUACUGUCAAGGAUGGUAGGACGCAGUGGAUUAAUGGCAGGAUUGAGGUAUGGGGUGGGUUACUGGCAGGGUUCAAGGUAUAGGGUGGGUUACUGGCAAGGAUGGUAGGACACAGUGGAUUAAUGGCAGGAUUGAGGUAUGGGGUGGGUUACUGGCAGGGUUCAAGGUAUGGGGUGGGUUACUGUCAAGGAUGGUAGGACGCAGUGGAUUAAUGGCAGGAUUGAGGUAUGGGGUGGCAGGGUUUAUGGUAUAGGGUGGGUUACUGGCAAGGAUGGUAGGACGCAGUGGAUUAAUGGCAGGAUUGAGGUAUGGGGUGGGUUACUGGCAGGGUUCAAGGUAUGGGGUGGGUUACUGUCAAGGAUGGUAGGACGCAGUGGAUUAAUGGCAGGAUUGAGGUAUGGGGUGGGUUACUGGCAGGGUUUAUGGUAUAGGGUGGGUUACUGGCAAGGAUGGUAGGACGCAGUGGAUUAAUGGCAGGAUUGUGGUAUGGGGUGGGUUACUGGCAGGGUUCAAGGUAUAGGGUGGGUUACUGGCAGGGUUCAAGGUAUAGGGUGGGUUACUGUCAAGGAUGGUAGGACGCAGUGGAUUAAUGGCAGGGAUUGUGGUAUGGAGUGGGUUACUGGCAGGGUUUAUGGUAUAGGGUGGGUUACUGGCAAGGAUGGUAGGACGCAGUGGAUUAAUGGCAGGGUUCAAGGUAUAAGGUUGGUUACUGGCAGGGUUCAAGGUAUGGGGGGGACCCGGCUUUGUUAUACAAAGUAGAGAGGCAUUAUCUUCGGUGUUAUUAAUGGAGAGACUCUUGUACAUGUGGCGUGUGCCACAGAGACUCUUAAAAUAGUGACUUUCAUAAGUUUUGGUUUAAAUAUUUAAUAAAAAAUAAUUUAAAACAGGUUAUACACAACUUGAAGAUAUUAUACAGACAUUAUUUUACAGCAGCUUGUUUGUACUAUCACGUCAGCUUCUGUAUUUCAGAUUCUGUGAGUUUAACCACCAGGGGUCACCGGUGUAGCACAGAGAAUAUCCACAACUAGUCUAUAUAGUAUUAAACGAACUAGGUACUGCUUCCAUUUUAGCCAGGGAGAACAUUUCUGGCAAAUCUGCUUAUAGAACGAUACAAUUACCUGAAGUCUUCUGGUCUGUGCACCAUAAGUACUAAAGCUCAGUGUAGUGUUCAUGAUCCAAAGAUUCUCUAAGUACUGUCCCUUGUUUCACAUUCUUUUUUUUGCCAAUUUGUUUUGGAUAUAUUUGCCAAAACCCAUUUCCCAGGCACUUAUAGACUGCUCCCUCUUGAUUACGCCUUAUUCCACAUGACCAGUAUAAAUUCUGUGCAACAUGGAUUUCAAUGACUGGCUGACAGUGCUGGCGACAAUGUUCGCCCACUGUGCUCAGCCUAACACUGCUGUCCAUAUUUAAGAGAAUUUAUAUUUGUAAUGUAGAAGUGUAAAUACCACAUCAUUUAGUGGGCUGGAUACCAGGCUGUCUGUAAGCUUGUGUUUUUCUGAUACUGCUCUUGAACAGUUUAAAGGACCACUAUAGGCACCCAGACCACUUCAGCUUAAUGAAGUGGUCUGGGUGCCAGGUCCCUCUAGGUUUAACCCUGCAGCUGUAAACAUAGCAGUUUCAGAGUAACUGCUAUGUUUACCUAUGGGUUAAUCCAGCCUGUAGUGGCUGUCUCAUUGACAGCCACUAGAGGCGCUUCCGCGCUUCUCACUGUGAUUUUCACAGUGAGAAGUUGCCAGUGUGAAUAGGAGAGAGCCUGGCAGGGGGGGAGACCCAGAGGGUGAGGGGGUCCCAAGGACCCUAUAGAGCCAUGAAAAAAAGUAUGUUUUCCUGGCACGAUAGUGGUCCUUUAAGAAAAAAAAUGGGAUGAUAUUACUAGUGUUUGUGCAUCUGUUACUGUUACUGUUACUUAGAUCUGUCGUGGUUUUGGUGCUCAGCGUUUCCCUUUUUAAGAAGAGGUGGAGUAAAGCAGAUUGUAUCCCAACCACUAUGGCAGUGUUUAUUGCUGUUUUAUAACAAGGCUAAUUGAAUGGAAGAGAAAAUGUUUUCAAAUUAUUUUGUAUUUGUACAAUGUAUAGGUUAAAUGCUAUGGUUAACCUAUAUUUAGACUAGGUGUGGGUUGAUCUUUACCUAUGGCACAUUCUAUCUUCUCUAAAAGCACAUUGUGUGGCACAUUAAAAGGCAUCCAUCCCUUCCCUUGAAUUUACCAUAUUGAAUAAAACAAUGAAAAUCACUUACGAGCCCUGUUAAAGGGACACUAUAGGCACCCAGAACACUUUAACUCAUUGAAGUGGUCUGGGUGCAUAGUCCCAGAUCCCUUAACCCUGCAAUGGAAAUUAUUGCAGUUUUUAAUAAUCUGCAAUAAUUACCUUUUGAGGGUUAACACCAACUCUAGACAGCCACUAGAGGGACUUCCGGGUCGCUAUGCAUGAGGACAUUCAGCGUCACCUGAAACCCCAUAGGAAGUCCUAAUGCGAGCGCUGCCAUUUAUUUAGCCUUUUUUUAAAUAUAUAUAUAUAUAUAUAUAUAUAUAUUGAGCUCCGCAUCUUUAGAAUAACAUUUUCAAUUUUUUUUAUGAGAUAUAACUUUGUAAGGAACAAUGCACUCAUCAAUUUGGUCUGUCGUGUCUCUAUGACAACAAAUUAUAGCCUACUAUCAGGACCCCUCUCCACUCAGCACUCCCCUCACGCUCCAAUUCUCUGUGCCCCCUCUCUCCCUGCAAGGUGCCAGACGGGUGUGGGCUUGAUUGCAUCUCUCGGCGCUGGAUGUUCCUCUGGUGGUUGAAAUCUGUUCCUCCACACUCAUCACUCAUUUGGUCAGGUGCAUCUUAAAGUGGAAGUGGGUGGUUACUGCCAGUGAUGCCGGCAUGAUGCGCAUGGUACCCCCUUUAUCCUAUAAAUAGCUUGCUCUCACUGUUCAGUAAUACUGUGCUCCUUGUUCCAUCAAGUUGUACCCUGUUUUGCUCCUAAUCUCCUAUAUGGUCUGCCUGACAUCUGACCUUUGGCAUGACCGCUGUUUGUGAACCUGUACGUCCUGCCCUGACCCUUUGCUAUCCUGACAACGUCUCUACCUCAUCCGUAUUGGUACUUUGACUGGGUUUUUCCUCGGGCUAACACCUACGUACUCAGCACUGACAGCUAUGUAUUGCCUUGUUUCCACUAAAUGAAUAGAACCUUCCAGUUACGUACAAGAUUUUUAAAAGGAGGCCUCUUAUACGAGUUCACCCAAAGCUCACAGUAUAUGAUUGCUGUCCAAACUGGUUUAAUUUGUUUAGAUAAUGUGGAAGUGAAACUUUCACAUUGUGACUGUGGCAGCCGGCAGGAGACGGACCAGACUUCAGGUACUGGGGCAGCCCCGGUUUUUAUAAAAUUAAUUACACAAUUGGACAAAAUGUACCCCUAGUGAGUAUGCUAUGGCUUGCCGUGGGUGCCAAUUUUAAGAGCUGGCUAGUAGCAUAGAACUUUAUAUUUUAAGCCUUGCCAUGAAUUGUUAAAUGGAUUUUGCUCCUACUGUGCAGUGAAUGACCUCUCCAUUAAUGUGCUUUGUGUAUUUUGUAGUGGGAAGAUGCCUGAAGUGGAUUAUGCGGUUUUAACAGAGUGGUUUGAGUGGAUUACAAAGAACAUUGACCUCUCGGUUGACCUAAUAGGUAUAAUUCAGAUGAACAGUUCAUGUUUUAUUAGUGACUAUCAUGUUAACUUAUUAUCUUUGUGGGUGAGGUUUUUUGUUUUUUCUUUAAUUGCUUCACAGUCUGCUCAGGACCUCAUUGAUAUUUAUCAGGGUUUGAUGAGAGCAUAGUAUGUAAACUGACACAUUAACAAGCUUUAUUCAGUAAAUUCCACAUAAUCACGGUUAUUCACUAGUGAAUGAUUUGUCACAAAUUUAAUGUGAAUUUCAAAUAUUAUUACACAAUUCACAAAUGCACAGUUUGGCUGUUCUUGCCAAAACUGGAAAAACCCCCUGUGAGAAGUGCUAAAUUAACCCACAGUGAUUCCUUAUCAGUUCCAAAAUGUUUGCUCAUUUCCUGUGUUGGUUCAUCUUUGUACAAGUAGAGAUUUCCUCUGUGGUUUACAAGUCUGAAUCUAACAAAAUGUAUUAAUGUAGUUCUAUAUUGAAAUGUAGAUGCAUCCGGACACACCUAACAUAAGACAAACCAUAAAAUCGGAUGGAAUUUGAUUACAUUGAAGAGCCACUCUAGGCUGCAUAACAGAGCUGCUACAGUGCGCCGAAGUGGUUGUGGUGCCAGGAGUCUGGUGGGACCAUUUGAUGGUAACGAUUGUGAACAUUUCUACACUUUAUUUAGUUCCUUCCCACCUGAGUUGAUCUGAUAAAGUGGAAAGUCAAACCUCAGCAUUAUCAUACAGGUGCAUACCAGGAUGAAACCGUAUUAAUUGGCCACCUUACCAUGGUAUGGUAUGAUAUUGUGGAAGUAUUACCUUGCACUUCAGCAGACCAGGGUGAGUGUCAAACAGUUCCUAAAUGGUUUAACAGAUUAUUGGAAGCCGAUGCCCCUGGAACUCCAAGCACUAUAACCACUGCAGUGUACUGUUGCGCUUCUGAUUUCUAGAUUGUUCGAUUAACCCUUGAAAUAUUGUAAAGGAAGUUUAAAUAUGAUGAAGAUGCCUUGGUAUUGGCUUUGAAAUAACUGAUACUAGUAAACAGAGAAACAUUCCUAUAAUACAUCGUUCCAUUAUAAGGGAAGUUAAAGUGGACAAUAAAGUUUUGUUUUAAUUUUUUUUUGUGUUUGUCAAUCUGCAUAGAGCACAAGUAGUAGCCUGAUAUACACUGCAUAGAGGAGGGGCACUGACCUCCGCUCACUGAAAUGUGUAUGGUUUUAUUGUACUUCUAUAUUUUCUAAGAUCAUCACAAGAGCUAGGAGGAGGGAUUAAAAGCCUAAAUCACUAAAAUGUGAUCUGCUAUGAAUUCAAUGUAAGUUUUUAUAUUUGAGGCCAGAACAGCCAAAAUUUAAAAAAGCUUCCAAGUCAACUGUAUUUGGUCCAUGUGUUGUGACCAUUGGAAGCUCACUUUGUAUUCCGGACAAUUCACACUUAAAGGGACACUCCUUUGCCCAAAUACAAAAUAAAUAACAAUCAGUGUCUAGUAGAUAUACCCAAAUGAAAACUUACAUGCAUUUAAUUAUGCAUUUUUUUAUUGGGUAUAUAUCUAAAAUGAGCUUGCAAAACAUGCAGUUCUCGUCUGCCGCCUUUGCAACCCUGCCCAGACUUUCUGUGGCUUUCCAAUCACAGACUUACCAAUACAGCUCAAUGAGACGUCUUUCUAAGUCAGGUGCUCUGGGCAAUUGCUGCCUCUUGAGGUCAGCUGUAUUGAGCUAAUGAAACAUUACCUGUUGUCUGCUUCCAAGCCAAGGACGGAACAUUACCUGUUGUCUGCUUCUAAGCCAAGGAAGUAACAUUACCUGUUGUCUGCUUCUAAGCCAAGGAAAUCUGCACUUUUUGCAAAAUGAAAAAAAGAGGAUCCACUCUUCACACAUAAAGCUUUUCAGCAAGCUAAAGUUGCUUAGGGGUCUGGAGUGACCCUUUAACCCCUUAAGGACACAUGACAUGUGUGACAUGUCAUGAUUCCCUUUUAUUCCAGAAGUUUGGUCCUUAAGGGGUUAAGUGAAUAACCCUUUGUAUCAUUUAACCUACUGGGCUAUGGCCAUUAUAACUUUGAAAGCUAACUUUUAUUAAUAUAUACAACAGAUCAUGGCAUAACGUUUUUCCUUUAGAUAUACACCAGGCCCAUGUCCGGACAAUAUUCUGAUUUAUUCAUCUCCCUCUUAACCCAGGACAGUAAGAUUCUCCCAUCUGAGCGCAAAAUCGGUGGUUUCAGAACUUCCUUAACUAAACGGUCACUUGCCUUUGAAGACAAAAAUCCUUAAAGGAACAUGCUGCAUUAAUUUCUUCUUGCACGAUAUAAAUAUAGAGCAUUGCUGUCAUGAAAGGGUUAUAAUAAUGGUGAACUGUUGGGGAAAACAAGUAUCCUGUUUAUCUCGUUAUCUUGCUUUGUUCUGAAUUUAUAAAUAUGGUGAAAGUCGAUUUCACUUUCUUUUUAUAAAGAUUGUAAAAUAAGCCUUGAGAUAAAGGGAACGCACUGGGAAUGUGUUUUAUCUAUCUAAAUUGGGCAGACUAGAUUGUCCGAAUGGUUCUUAUCUGCCGUCACAUUCUAUGGUUCUGCGUGAUCAAUAAUACUUAGUGUAUGUUACAAACAACAUAGAAAUAUUACACUUUUUUCCAAUAUGUGUUAAAAUUGCUGUUUUUUCCCUUUUCUUUGUUCUUGUGGUAAAACAAAUUCUUGAAGCUCAAAACAUGACUUUCCAGCAAUCCUUUUUACAGCAAGCACUAUUUUACUGUGACUCCUCAGUGGCGAUAUUCUGACCUUCUAGCUGUUUUUUUUUUAAUUUUUACAUUUUUUUAUUAAGGCUUGUAAAGAGGAGUGCUGAAUCUUUUUGGUUGUUUUAUAUUGCUGAAUUGUUGUUUUUCGGGUGAGACUAGAGGGUCCUUUACAUCCUUUUAAAGAAAGCCAACUGAUGUAAAUGUUUAAAAAUGUUGACAACUGGAAAUGGGGGAAAAUGUGAAAACAUAUACAGUCUAUCUGAUAAAAUUGCCGAUCUUAUGUUCUGAGAUCUUGAAACAAGUGCUAAUAAGUCAUCUUCCCUACAGUUUAUCUCAGGACAUCGCCUGAAACCUGUUAUGAGAGGUUGAAGAAGAGAUGUAGAGAAGAAGAAAAGGUUGUACCGCUGGUAAGAUGUUCUUUUAAGGAAUGAUACAUGUGUAAAAUGUACUCGAUGGAUCUCAAUAUGUGUGGAUGGCAAACUCCAUAUCAGUUAAAGGGAAAAAAAAAAUUGUAACAAGGUUAUUCAUUAAAAAAACUAUCUAUUAAAAAAGUCCUUCUUAAGUAUCUGUCCCUAGUCCCCUUAUGUGUCUCUUCCAUGCCUGUAUUUCUAGUCUAUCAGCAAGAAUAGAAGAUAGUAUUUGAAUAUCUGUAUGUAUUAAUGAUAUAGGUCUAUAGUUGGUGAUUUAAUCUAAAUCUUUAUCUGCUUUUGGGAUGGGAACAAUGUUCGCUCUCAGCAGCUCUCCAGGACAGUCUCCUGUUCCCAUUAUAUAGUUAAAAAAUAUUAGUUAGUUCCCCUUUUAAUUGAUCUUUCAUUAACUUGUAGAAUUUGUUUGUAAAUCCAUCUGGGCCUGGUGCAGUCUUUGUUUUAAGUUUCUCUAUAGAUUUAGUAACUUCUAGUUCUGUUAUGGGCUGAUUUAUCAGUCUUAAUUGGUCGGGUCGAAUUUUUGGCAUGGACAGAUUUUCGAAGAAUUUCUCGAUCUCUUUUUCUUUGCCAAAUGUUUUUCCUGGUAAGCCAUAUAGAUUGUGAUAAAAUCUUUCAAAUGCUAGACCUAUUUUUUUCUGGGGCCAUUAAGUAGGUAUCCAUAUCUUUUAUUUUAUAUAUUACUUUUUUAUGUUUAUCUUUUUUCAGUUUAUUAGACAUUGUUUCUAGUUUAUUGCCUUUUAGGUACCAUUUAGCUUGCAGUGCUUCUAGUUGUUUAGAUGCUUUGUUCAUUAAUUGGUUGUUGAUCUGUUUUUCUAUUUUUACAAUCUUACUUGCUAUUUGUAUGGAGGUGGUAGAUCUUUUUUAUUUUCAAUGGCUGCCAUUUUUAUCAAAUGACCUUACUACACUUUUAUUAUUAAUGCACCAGACCAUAAUGCCCAGUGUAGCUUUGUUUUUUUAUUUAAAGAGAUUUGUUAUUAUUUAAAUUUCUUCCACAUUAUUUUUUUAUGUAAUAUGAAAUCUUUAAUGCGCCACUCUACAAAAAUUCUCAAAGUUAUCUUUGUAUUUCAACAUGAUAGGGCUAUGGUCUGACCAUGCUAUAUCGUGUAUCUCUAUUUUUUUUAACAAGGUAUAACAUGGUGACGUUUCCCAAGACAAAGUCUAUUCUGGAAUAUGAGUUGAAUGUUUUCGAAUAGCAUGUGUAGUCUAGAUCGGCAGGGUGAAAUGCUCUCCAUACAUCUUAGAUUAUGAUUGUUCAGUAAGUUUUGCAGUCUGGUAUCAUCUAUUUUCCUUUCCUAUCGUUCUGGCUCUUUCUGUCCUUUAGUGGAGUAGCUACACAAUUGAAGUCUCUCAUAAUUAAUAUCAACCCUUGUUUGAUCUUCUCUAUUUUUUUAAGCACUUUUGAUAUGAAGUUUAUUGUAGCUUUAUUUGGUGCAUAAAUAUUGGCUAAUAUGAAUAGCUUAUUAUUAAUUUCAUAAAUUAAAAUAAUAUCUGCCUUCUGGAUCUAGUUCUUGAUGUUUAAUAAUUAAGGAAACAUUUUUUGCAAAGAUAAAUGCAACGCCUCUUUUAAAAAAAAAAAAAAAAAAUUCUAAUAGGAACGCCAGUUCUAUCCUUCUCGGGAUUCUUGGAAGCCACCAAUCUUAUUUAGUGGCAUCAUAUAAAAGAAUGGCAGCCACUUUCCCAUAGCUUAAUUUUUGGAAAUGAGGCACCAAAACACCACUUCAACCCAUACAGUAAUAUGUGUAGAUAAAAGAAUGGACUGAUGAGAAACACAACCAUAUAUAUUGUUUAUAACAUUUAUUGCUUAAUGACAUCUGUAGUUUCAAAUUCAUUAUCUAUUGGGGGCGGGGCCGGACCACCAUGCUGACCAGUUGCAUGCAAGAGAGGCUCUUAGGCUACAAAUGAAAGCAUUUAAUCCAAAACAAACCUGAGAGAUACUCAUGCGGCUGUGGCAGAGGUAGCAGACCCUGAGAUUGGGAGUUUUGGGCUCCACUGGAGGGAGUACGAGGCUUUCGGGGCUGCGGACUACCCAGGAGAGGUGCAGAGUGGACGGCCACCACCAUGCCUCCCUUUCCAACUGCCACACGCUGUCCUCACAUGUUGCCUGCCGGUCCUGUUCCCCCAAUUGGCUAGUCUACUUCCAUGUCUUCAACUGAUGAUUCUUGAAAGCUGGGAAGGUUGAUGCCCAUUGAGCCUUGAAUGUUGGGAGGGUUGAUGCCCAUUGAGCCGAAUGUUGGGAGGGUUGAUGCCCAUUGAGCCUUGAAAGCUGGGAAGGUUGAUGCCCAUUGAGCCUUGAAUGCUGGGAGGGUUGAUUCCCAUUGAGCAUUGAAUGUUGGGAGGGUUGAUUCCCAUUGAGCCUUGAAUGCUGGGAGGGUUGAUUCCCAUUGAGCCUUGAAUGUUGGGAGGGUUGAUGCCCAUUGAGCCUCGAAUGCUGGGAUAGUUGAUGCCCAUUGGUUGAACUGGUGGUAUUUGAGCACUUUUUGUGUAUUCUGCCGGCUUCUUAUCUAGUUCUUCUAAUGUCAUUCUAGGAACAAUGUACUCUGUUUCUGCACCCCGUUUUUUUUUGUUGUUCAAACCUUCUCCUUCCUCAGCUGUGUGACCUUCGGAUAAAAUUACAAUUAUUUAUACAGUGUCAACAUAUUCCGCAGCUCUGUACAAAAGGUAAAACAAGACAAACAAUUCUAACAAAACAUGUUUGGCUUACUGGAAACGUAUUUGAAGAGGACCCUGCCCAGACGAGCUUACCUUCCCAGCAUCUUUUGCGUUUUCCACCUCGAAACACUGGCCUUUCCUUUGCCCUAGUUUUGAUAGGCUCCCCUUGGCUCCUGUUACUUUCUUGCCAGUGAUCAAGUUUGGUGCUGUCCUCUCUUAAUUGUUGGUGUUUUCCAAGCUGCCUGCCAUCUUUGGGUAACAGGUAAAACAAGACAAACAAUUCUAACAAAGCAUGUUUGGCAUACAGGAAAAGUAUUUGAAGAGGGCUCUGCCCAGAUGAGCUUACAUUCCCGGCAUCUUUUGCGUUUUCCAACUUGAAUCACUGGCCUUUCAUUUGCCUUAGUUUUACUUCCUUGCCAGUGAUCAAGCUUGGUGUUGUCUUCUCUAAAUUGUUGUGAUCUUCCAAGCUGCCCUCCAUCUUUGGGUAUGUGCCUGGUAUGGUGAAAACUGUGCAUAUUUCUUCCUCCAACAAGUCUUUCCCACUUGGCCUGGUGAUUUGGGGGAUAGUUCUUCCUCGGUAAUCUAUCCAUUUUAUCAAGUGCAUACCACCUUUUUUCCAUUUGCUGGUCAAAUCUGUUGUUAUUAGCGAUGUGCUGAUGUAUCUGGCGCAAAGAAUUACAGAAGUUGACCAUUGCCCGUGGUUGGACUUUUACUCCAUAAUUAAAGCUCCUGUUUGGGGGAAGCUCUUGCGCUCCAUCUCAAAUUUAGAAAUGGGCUAUAAAGUCCUAUUAAUUUUGGUGCACCUGUAUGUAUGUAUGUAUGUCUGUACACACAGGUACCAAGCAACAUGACCACUGAUUUAAAGGUGCCCCUUUAAUUAUUGAGUUGUGCUAUAUUCAGCAAUUCUUUUCACCUAAAUUGUGCCACUGGUUGUCAGUUCAUUGGAUGUGACUGUAUACUAAAUACCUCCCUUGUUAUAUUUUCAUUUGUUUUAGGAAUAUUUGAAUGCACUCCAUAAUCUCUACGAAGAAUGGCUGAUCAAGAAGAAUGGCUUGUUUUCGGUCCCAGCAACUGUACUGGUACAUUAUUUUUUUUUUUUUGUCCUUAUGGAUAUGUAUGAAUAUAUCUAGUUUUGCCACGCACAGCAUGUAAGGGCACACUUUAAUUGUAAUCUCCAGCUGUGGAGUUUUUGGUUAAAUCAGGAUUCGGAAUUGGUCCUUAACCCAUUGUAAUGUGUCACAUCUGGUAGGAGCAGGCACAUUAAUUUCAGCAGGCCCAGGGAGUGCCCACAAUGUGCUGUCUUUCCUAGUAGCCACUAGCAGGGCCGCCAUCAGGGCAUGACAACCAUAACGGUUGUCAUGGGCCCAGCAGUCCUGGGGGGCUCGAACUACUCUGGCAGUCCAAGCCCCACAUUCCUUAUGUGCACAUAUAUAUAACGAUUUUUCGCUAUAUAUAUGCACUGUAGGCCCCCCUACCUGUACAUUGCAGAGGGGCCCAGCAGCACGCUUUGUCUUCCUUUCCAGCUGCUCUCUUUUCUAGCGGCCGCCAGAGCGUUGCCACGGGUUACCAUAGCAACGCUCUACACAGCACGCAGGCUGGUCUCGCAAGAGUUCGUCAGAGAGGAGCUGGAAAGGAAGACAGUGUGUGCUGCUGGGCCCCCCAAUGUACCGUGUCUGGCUCUCUCCACCAUGCCACUGGACCACCAGGGAAUGCGAUCUCCCCCCCUCCCUGGAAGGGUAAGAACCAGGGAGGGGGGAAUACAAUUAAAAUAUACACAAAUAAAUAAAAAUAAAUACUCCCUUCCCUCCUAUUUUACACACACUACAUUCACUAAACACACUCUGCACUACACACACACACUACAUUCACUAAACACACUCUGCACUCACUACAAACACACUACAUUUACUAAGCACACUCUGCACUACUCACACACACUACAGUCACUAUGCACAUGUUGCACUCACUACAAACAAGCUACAUUUACUAAACACACUCUGCACUACACACACACUCUGCACUCACUACAAACACACUACAUUUACUAAACACACUCUGCACAACUCACACACACUACAUUAACUAUGCACAUGUUGCACUCACUACAAACACUACAUUUACUAAACACACUCUGCACUACACACACACACUACAUUCACUAAACACACUCUGCACUCACUACAAACACACUACAUUUACUAAACACACUCUGCACUACUCACACACACUACAUUCACUAUGCACAUGUUGCACUCACUACAAACACUAAAUUUACUAAACACACUUUGCACUACACAUACACACACUACAUUCACUAAACACACGUUGCACUCACUACAAACACACUACAUUUACUAAACACACUUUGCACUCACUACAAACACACUCUGCAUUCACCACAAUCACAUUACAUUCACCACAAUCACACUGCAUUCACUAUACACAUUUUACAUUCACACUAUACAGAAAUGGAACUCACUACAAACACACUACAUUCACUAUACACAUGUUGCACUCACUACAAACACACUACAUUCACUAUACACAUGUUGCACUCAUUACAAACACACUACAUUCACUAAACACACUCUGCACUACACACACUCCAUUCACUAUGCACAUGUUGCACUCACUACAAACACUACAUUUACUAAACACACUUUGCACUACACAUACAAACACUGCAUUUACUAGACACACUUUGCACUACACAUACACACUACAUUCACUAAACACACGUUGCACUCACUACAAACACACUACAUUCACAACACACACUCUGCAUUCACCACAAUCACAUUACAUUCACUAUACACAUUUUACAUUCACACUACGUGCACUAUACAGACUUUGCACACACUACAUUUACUACACACACGUUGCAAUCAUUACAAACACACUACAUUUACUAAACACACUUUGCACUCACUACACACAAUCUGCAUUCACCACAAUCACACUACAUUCACUAUACACAUUUUGCAUUCACCACAAUCACACUACAUUCACUAUACACAAUUUGCAUUCACUACAAUCACACUACAUGCACUAUACAGACUUUGCACUCACUACACACACACUACAUGCACUAUACCACUAUACAGACUUUGCACCCACUACACACUACAUUCACUAUACACACUUUGCAUUCACUACAAUCACACUACAUCCACUACAAAAAUACACUCAGCAUUCACUACACACACACACUCUGCAUCUAAUCCAUGCAUACAAACAUUACAUUAAUUACACAAACGUACAAUCUGCAUCCACUAAACACACUGCAUCCAUGACACACAUUCUACAUCCACUAUACACACUGCAUCCAUGACACACAUUCUACAUCCACUAUACACACACACACACACUUCAUCCUUGAGGGCUGACUUGGGGCUGGCCCCGGCAGCCCAGAUCUUGAGCUGUGUCAGGGGCCCUAAAAUUUCUGAUGGCAGCCCUGCCCCCUAGUAUUAUGUGUCCACCAUCUAAUAGUAUCUAAUGUUAAUUGUGAAUAUAUAUUGUUAAAAUACUUGGUACAAAAUAUAUGGAUCCAAUGUUUCCUGCUCUGUCUGUGAAUGGGUUGUGUAAGCAUUACCUUCCCCAAUAUUACUUUUUUUUUUGUCGUCCCACAAUAGAAUGCUGUUGGCCACAGACAUUGCAUUGUGGGUAUGCCCAAUCACCUACAACUAGCUGCUUGCAGUUAAGAGAUAUAUAAACAAACAUUUCAUCCCAGUAUUGAUAUCAAAAUAUGAAUGUUUUGCUGUGUAAACAUGAACUGUCAACAGAUGUUUGUGAGGCCUGAAACAUAAAAUUAAAUGUAGAAAUUCCAGAAUGGCAUACCUCCAUCUUGGUUCCCUGUCUGUCCCCUGUCUGGAGGUGCAAAAAGGAAACCGUUUGUCCUCUUUCAAUGCAGUAUGUGCCUUGGCUGUGUCCGGUCUGAACCUGACUAUUCUGUCAAUUGCUAAAUCUUAAUAAACGUAAACAGGGCAUCACGUGAAAAUGGUUACCGUGGUUUAGAAGUGAUAGGUUAUUUUCAUUUUAUUCAAUGUUGUAAUUUCCAGAGACGUGUCUGUUUCACACAAAGUGCAGCACGUUUUUUUGUUGUUGUUAAUGACUCAAGAAAAGGAGCAAUUUUAUUUUCAUAAUUUAUAAUUCUAGCUUCAUAUUUCAUGGUGUAGGUGAUAGACGCUGAUAAGGACUUGGAGGAGAUGAUGCAGCACUAUGAAGACAAUCGUGGAAAGAUACUGUCAAUGUGAGACUGUACAAUGUACAGGCUUAAUGGAAGCUCACAACAAGUCAUGGCUACUAGUAAUGACAGAAAACUGAUUACCUUUUGCAUUCCAGCUUCUUUGUCCCAAAGUCUUCUCUUCCUCAUACAAAUCCACCUGGUGCUUACGACAAUGGAAAUCUUAUAAUAUCGGCUGGAUGGAUCGCUCUUUAUUAUGGAACAACUUACUUGUGUUAUUGAUUAACACGGGCCACCGUCUGUCUGGAUGAAGACACAUCUUAGAGGUUGUUCUGCACUUUAUUUAUUUGUAAAUAAUUUUUUAGUUACUAAACUCCAAAUCGUAGCAAAUUUAAAUCCGAAUGAAAUAGAAUUUAAAAUUUGGCUAGUGUUGUUUUCAAACCGAUUUGAUGUAAAUAACUGUGUGUGUGUGUGUGUGUGUGUGUGUGUGUGUGUGUGUGUGUGUGUGUAUAUAUAUAUAUAUAUAUAUAUAUAUAUAUAUAUAUAUAUAUAUAUAUAUAUAUAUAUAUAUAUAUAUGUAGAGAUGAGAUAUGUAGAAAGCCGUUCAAAACUGAUAAAAAAAACAAAACAAAUAGCCCCUGCAGUGGUAGAGACUCUAGUACUGCAGUUUGUCUGCGAAUACAUUCUGUUUAGUGGGAUAUUCUAUAGCAGGUGUAGGCAACAGUCGGCGCUCUAGCUCUUGUGGACUACAUUCCCCUGGUACUUUGUUAGCACUAUGGGAGAUGUAGUCCACAAGAUCUGGAGUGCUAAAGGUUGCUUACCUCUGUUCUAUAGCAUCCUCUCUCACGGUAGCUCUGAUCUCACUCUCCUCAUUAGCUGGCACAAAACUAAAUUCAAAUCUUAAUACAAAGUAAUGUUUCAGAGAUACGCAAGGCUCAAAUUCAUAACCUUUAAUUACUUAAACUUAUGUUUAAAUAGUGUAUAUUUCCGCUACACAUAGCUUGUUUUUAAAAUAUUCAGACGUUUAUAAUAGAAGUUAGCAAAAAAACACUUGCGUGGUGAGAGCCAAUUUGGAGUUUAUUUUUUUUAAGCAGUAAAUUUGCUUAAUGAAAAUUUGAAUCUACGCAUGAAGUAGCAAAGUUGAGAACAGAACUGAGUUAUCCUAUAGCUUUAAUUUAGCAGACUCGCUACAAUUCAUGGUUUAUUAACCAAAAUCCUAUCCGGGUUAUUCAAUAUUAAAUUGUCAGCAAUUUAAAGCAAAUUCUAAGUUUUGGUAAGAAUAGAUUAAAACAGAAAUCAUAGCCAAUUUGGAGAAUUUUUUCUUUAUUUUUAUAUUGUCCUUCAAUGUGAAAUCCACUUUGAAUUCCUGACAAAACACAUUUUACUGAAUAACCAUGUCCGUAAUUAUGGCUAGUGAGCAGAGAUCCCCUCUUUCAACACAAUGCAUUGCAUUAAAAAAUAAUAAUCUGUGGAUCCACUUGUAACCCAUAUUCAACAGUUUGUGUCAUGAGUCAAUGCGGGUCUACAAAUGUUAACUUAGUAUGAGAAAUUAUCUGAUGGUUUUUGUAGUAAUACAGAAUAGGUUUAAACUAUGUAAAAUAAGUGGUGAUAUAGAAGAAGGCAUGUCUGCCGGCACUGACCAGUAAGAAACUAGGGAUAGGCAACCUUCGGCACUCCAGAUGUUGUGGACUACAUCCUCCAUAAUGCUCUUACACCCAUAAUGCUGGCAAAGCAUCAUGGGAAGUGUAGUCCAAAACAUCUGGAGUGCCAAAGGUUGCCUAUGCCUGAACUAGGAUAUGGCAUGGCAGUAAUACAAUUAGUCAGAAACCUUGUACAAAGAUUCCGCCUGAAAGCUCUGUCCUUCUUUCGUGGAGGGUGCUCCGUGCAGAAGGUGGACAACGCUGAAUCCACCAGUAGGCUCACAGAAGUAGAAGAAACACAGGCAACACUCCAGGAUCAGGAAGGUAAGUUUAUUUCUUGAUACAGCAACUCCUAAAGUGCAUGAUUAAGGCUCUGUUGAGAUGAAACUUUGCACUUUAUGAGGUGGUGUAUCCAGAAAUAAACUUACCUUCUUGAUCCUGGAGUGUUGUCUGUGUUCUUCUACUUCUGUGAGCCUACUGGUGGAUUCAGCAUUGUCCACCUCCCGCACGGAGCAUCUCCACGACAGAAGGCCGGAGUGUUGUUCUACUUCUGUGAGUAAUACUAUCUGUGUUACUGCUGAUGCCGCUAGCUAAAAAAAAUGCAUUCCAGCAUGGCAAGGACCACUGGCAACCAGAGCAGAAUGUUGAUGACACACUCUGUGCUUGGCGAUUCCAGGACCUUUGAACCAAUGAAAACCUUUAGUGUUUAAAGUGACAUACAUCACUUUGAGACAUCUGUCUCAAUCUGCAGACUGAAAUAAGAUGGUUAAUAAGAUUCCCCUCCUCCCCUCCCCCUUUUCAUAUUUACCCGUUUCUUCUUUCUUAUGCUUUCCAUUUUCUUUUUCUUAUGAGGGGAGGGGGAUGAUGAGUAAGAGGGUGGUUGAAGAAAUUCUCCUAGUUGAGAAGUUUACUGUGUUUGUGCUAUAUUUAAUGGGACAUUGCAGAAAGAAACUGGGCCAAUGGAACUGAGACCAAAAAAAUUCAGCAAAUUGGGAUUCAGGACAAUUGAAUAGUUAAAGGACCACUAUUGUGCCAGGAAAACAAACUUGUUUUCCUGGCACUAUGAGGUCUUUGGGUCUCCCCCUCCCCCCCCCACCCCUAGGGUCCCACUCCCACCAGGCUGGAGGGGGAGGAAGGGGUUUAAUUCUUACCUUUCUCCUUGGUGCUAGGGACUCUCCUCCCUCUUCUAAGUCAUCCGCCGAAUGCGCAUGCACGGCAAAGGCCAUGCGCGCAUUCAAUCAGUCCAUAGGAAAGCAUUUCUCAUGCUUUUUCUGUGGGCGGCAGCGUCUUCUCACUGUGAAAAUCACAGUGGGAAGCGCCUCUAGCGGCUGUCAAUGAGACAGCCACUAGAGGCUGGAUUAACCCUAAUGUAAACAUAGCAGUUUCACUGAAACUGCUAUGUUUACAGCUGCAGGGUUAACCCUAGAUGGACCUGGCACCCAGACCACUUCAUUGAGCUGAAGUGGUCUGGGUGCCUAUAGUGGUCCUUUAAAAUGUUCAAUGUUACAAGACAAGAUAUCUCUGACAAGAUAAGAAAUUUAAUUUAACAUUUUCAUGCAUAACAACCAGUUCUGGCAGAAUACAAAGGUUUUUUCCCAUCCCCUUGCCAUGAAAGGGUUAAGGGUACAAGUGGGUUUCAUGAUGGCAUUUUGUUAAUGAAUGUUGUUUUUGUGCUGGAUCAUAAUGUUUAACUUAUCUAAAAUGUAUACCAUGUCAAAACUAUUUUUAUAUCAUGUUAUGUUUGUAUGUUAAUAACAUACAGCUGUUGUAAUAAACAGUAUUUUUGUGGAUUGUGUAAUAUUUUCUUGUGGGUGGAAAAGCUGUGAUUCGAUAUGCAAGGACUUUUUCCUCUUAAACGGCAAAUAAUCCGUAAUGAAAAGCCUAAUGGUG